AGAGGGGAGAGAGUAAAACCCACCGGCGCGGCGGCGGGGAGGGCACUUCGCGAGAGGCGAGGGCUCGGCGCCGGAGCGGAGGCGGCGGUGGACGGGCAGGAGGCAGCCCGCGCAUCCCCCGCUAUCCCCGGCUCGCCGGAGCCGCCUUUCCCGGCCGCGUCCUCCCCAGCGGGGCUCGGGCAGCCGGCUGGGGGGCGAGUGGGAUUUUUAAUUUUUUAAAAUUUAUUUUCUUUUUUUAAAAAAAUAUUUUCUUCAUUUUUCGAGGGGUGGGGGCGCGCGGGGGAAGCCAGGGCUCCUGUGGAUUUUCCGGGGGGGCGGGGGGGUCCAGGCCCCCGGCCCCGCAUCCCUGCCCUCCUCCUGCGGACACCUGCCACCGUGCCGGGCAGCGGCGGCGGCGAACACCAUGAUGAUGUCCCUGAGCAGCAAGCAGCCCUUCGGCCUCCCCCACGGCGGCAGCGGCGGCGGCGGCGGCAGCCUCCACGAAACCAAGUACUCGGCCCUGCACACCGCCUCGCCUUGCCCCUCCGCCGCCGCCCCCGCCGCCAGCUCCCCCAGCAGCACCGGCACCGGCGGCUCCGCCGGACGCGGCUCCGGCUCCGGCCCCGGCUCCAGCUCCGGCAGCGGCGGCUCCGGCUCGGGCUCGGGCUCCGGCCCCGGCGGCAGCGGCAGCGGCGCGGAGGCGAUGCGGAGGGCCUGCCUGCCCGCCCCUCCGAGCAAUAUAUUCGGCGGUCUGGACGAGAGCCUGCUGGCCCGCGCCGAAGCCCUGGCAGCGGUGGACAUCGUCUCCCCGAGCAAGAGCCACCACCACCACCCGCCGCACCACAGCCCCUUCAAGCCGGACGCCACCUACCACACCAUGAACACCAUCCCCUGCACCUCGGCCGCCUCCUCCUCCUCGGUGCCCAUCUCCCACCCGUCUGCCCUGUCGGGUACCCACCAUCACCACCACCAUCACCACCACCACCACCAUCAGCCCCACCAGGCGCUGGAGGGGGAACUCUUGGAGCACCUGACGCCGGGGCUUGCGCUGGGGGCUAUGGCGGCACCCGACGGCGCCGUGGUCUCCACGCCGGGCCACGCUCCGCACAUGGCCGGCAUGAACCCCAUGCACCCGGCGGCGCUGGGCAUGGCCCACGCCCACGGGCUGCCGGCCCACAUGGGCUGCAUGAGCGAUGUGGACGCCGAUCCCCGCGACUUGGAGGCCUUCGCCGAGCGCUUCAAGCAGCGUCGCAUCAAGCUGGGGGUGACCCAGGCAGACGUGGGCUCGGCGCUGGCCAACCUGAAAAUCCCGGGGGUGGGGUCCCUCAGCCAGAGCACCAUCUGCCGCUUCGAGUCCCUCACCCUUUCCCACAACAAUAUGAUCGCCCUCAAGCCCAUCUUGCAGGCCUGGCUGGAGGAGGCCGAGAAGUCCCAUCGCGAAAAGCUGGCCAAACCCGAGCUCUUCAGCGGCGCGGAGAAGAAGCGCAAGAGGACCUCCAUCGCCGCUCCCGAGAAGCGCUCGCUGGAGGCCUACUUCGCCCUCCAGCCCCGGCCCUCCUCCGAGAAGAUCGCGGCCAUCGCCGAGAAGCUGGACCUCAAGAAGAACGUGGUCCGAGUCUGGUUCUGCAACCAGCGCCAGAAGCAGAAGCGCAUGAAGUACUCGGCUGGCAUCUGAGGACACCCAACAGCACCGAUAUCGU